AACAUUUUUAUUUGUUCGGUUGUCCCUGUCUUUCUGACAAGGAGAUCAUUAGCAGUUUCUGCAUACAUACAUGAAGAUAUAAAUGCAGAAAAGAUGAAUUAACAUGAUAUUAUCAUAAUCUGAAAAAGAAAACGAACAAAUUCCCUAUUUCAGCACUCAUAUUUACACAUAUACCUAUCAAGAAGUUGGAAAAAAUGAAAAAACACUUUAAUUGCAAAAGCCAAAAAGCAAACUACUUUAAUGAUUAGUCUCUGCAUGCUCGCCGGUCUCCGCCGCUCCCAAGUCCCCACUUGAUUCUCAGUUGUGCUCUGUUUCUGAAUUGAAUGCUCCGGGCACCUACAAAAAUGGCGAUUAAGUUUAAAUUUACGUAUAGUUUGAUCUUUGUUAUGUUUAUUAUAGUCUUCUUGGCCACCCUGCACCACCACAGCCGCCGCGACCUCACGGCGGUGAAAAGAAAUGGGCUUUAUUAUAGGAAUGAUUUCAUCUCCUCCGCGUCGAACUAUACAAUCGCCGCCUAUCUUCGCAAUCUCACAGGCCGGCCCCACCUCGCCGGCACGCCGUCGUCCCUCGGCGCCGCCGUUUAUGUGAAGUCCCAUUUCGAGCGCCUCAAGCUCGACACCCGCGUCGUUAACUACACCGUUCUUCUGUCUUACCCGCUGAGCGCUUCGGUCACGGCGUGUUUUAGCAACGGUUCCGAUGUUCCCGUCCCGUUGUCGGAGCCGGGAGUUACGGGAGACGGCGGCGGCGGCGUUGUAAUGCCGUACCACGCGUACUCCCCGUCGGGGUCGGCGUACGGAAAGGCGGUGUUUUUGAACUACGGGAGGGACGACGACUACCGCGAGCUGGCGGCGGUAGGGGUGGACGUGGAGGGCUGCGUGGGAAUCGUCCGGAGAGGCGGCGGGCUGUCGAGGAGCGAGGCGGUGGAGAGGGCUGCGUCGCGUGGAGUGGCGGCGGUGCUAAUGUACACCGACGGUGACCGUGAGAAAUUCGCCGCCGGCGUGGAGAGGGGAACUGUGAUGAGUAGCCUGGGGGACCCACUUAGCCCUGGGUGGGAGACCGGAGAGAAGCUCAGAUUAGAUGACCCACGGGUAAGAGAUAAAUUCCCAAAAGUCCCCUCCUUGCCGAUAUCCAUGGCGGCCGCCGGAAUCAUCCUGAGAUCUCUGGAAGGGGCUGAAAUCCCCCAGCAGUGGACCAAGAAUCUAAAGAACAGUGGGAUUGAUUUUAAAAAAGUUGGGCCUGGUCCGACAAUGCUUAACUUUUCAUACCAGGGGGAGAAGAAGAUGGCAACGAUUCAUAAUGUUUUUGGCAUCAUAAGAGGCUUGGAAGAGCCUGAUCGAUUUGUAGUGCUCGGGAACCACCGAGAUGCGUGGACAUAUGGAGCAGUUGACCCCAAUAGCGGAACUGCUGCCCUACUCGACAUAGCUCGCAGAUAUGCUCGUCUCGUGAGCUUGGGCUGGAAUCCUCGACGAACAAUCAUGCUUUGCAGCUGGGAUGCUGAAGAGUUUGGGAUGAUUGGGUCUACCGAGUUCGUUGAGCAGAACCUUAUGAAUCUGGCCGCUAAAUCCGUUGCAUACCUAAAUGUGGAUUGUGCAGUUCAAGGGCCCGGGUUUUUCGCUAGUGCAACUCCUCAGCUCGAUGAUCUUCUUCUCAAUGUCGCUAAGAUGGUUCGGGAUCCUGAUAAUGAGAGGAUGACGAUAUUUGAAACUUGGGCAGUCGUUUCCAACAGAGGUGCGAAUAUCCAGAGGCUUAGUAGAGUAGAUUCAGAUUUUGCUUCGUUUUUGCAACUUGCAGGAAUCCCUUCGGUCGAUUUAUACUAUGGUAAAGAUUUCCCGGUGUACCACACUGCCUUUGAUUCCUAUGAUUGGAUGAUAAAAUUCGGAGAUCCAUUUUUCCAACGACAUAUGGCAGUAUCGGGAGUUUGGGGACUUCUUGGACUUCACCUAGCUGACGAGGCAGUUCUUCCUUUUAACUACGAGCCUUAUGCUGCUGAGUUAUUGAGGUAUACGCGAAGCUUGAGUGGUGUAUUGGAAGGAGGUGUCUCGUUAGAUCCAAUUUUCGAUGCCAUUCGGGAGCUUACUGCUGCGGCUAAAGCUAUUGAGGAAGAAGCAAAGAAACUAAGGAAGGAUGAAACCAUGGCUGAACUUUUGAUAUUGGAGCGGCGGAUGCUAAACGAUCGCCUAAUGUCUGCCGAGAGAGGUUUCUUAAAUACCGAGGGGGUUAACGGAAGGCAAUGGUUCAAGCAUCUUGUUUAUGGACCGAGCACCGGUGGUGAAACCGAGCUAGAUUUCUUCCCCGGAAUAGUUGAUGCUGUUUCGCGAUCGACGCAUCUAAACAACACAGAAAGGGGGGCAAUAAUCCAGCAUGAAAUCUGGAGAGUUGCAAGGGCUAUCCAAAGAGCUGCCUAUGCUCUCAAAGGCAAUCUAACCUGAGUACCUGACAGACAACCUUGUUCAUGAUGUGUUGUAAGGUCGUACAUUUUCAGAAAGGCUGUUUGGUUUGGCUGGCAAAAAUUUUGCAGAAUACAUCGCGCCAGGUAGGGGUCGAACCUACGACUUUCUGCUUAGGAAACAGACGCUCUAUCCACUGAGCUACAGGCGCUGGUUGUGAGUGUGAGCAUAGUUUGUCUAUAAAACUUUAAAAUACUAUGAUUGAUCAAUUGCCAACUAAAGUGCCCAAAAAAUGGUCGAAUGGAUAAAGAAUGGCUCUCAUAUAAGAAUGUCACAAGUUUGGUUGUUGUCUAUACUUUCUUGGACUUUAUAAUGUAAUUUUUUACUUCUCUUGUG